AUGCCAGCUUCAUUUGCCGUCUUUCCUAGUGCAAGUGAGUACGAUACUUCAACUUUACUAAACAAACGUCUUUCCUUUUUUUCAUUUGUUUCUGCUCGUGUUUUCUUUCUUUCUUUGUUCCUUUCUCCGUUCGAAUCUUUCUUUCUUCCUUCUUUCAUUCCUUCCUUUCUGUCUUUAUUGCUUUCUUUUUUUGUUGGUUCUUUCUUCACUUCUUCCAAUCUUUCUCCCCUUCUUUCUUUCUUUUUUUGUUCCAAUCGUUCUUUCUUUUCUUCUUUCUUACUUCCAAUCUUUCUUCCCUUCUUCCUUUCUUUCUUUUUUCUUUCUUUCUUUCUUUGUUCCAAUCUUUGUUCCCUUCUUCCCUUCUUUCUUUCUUUCUUUCUUUCUUUCUUUCUUUCUUUGUUCCAAUCUUUCAUCCCUUCUUCCCUUCUUUCUUUCUUUCUUUCUUUCUUUUUUGUUCUAAUCUUUCUUCCCUUCUUCCUUACUUUCUUUCUUUCUUUCUUUGUUCCAAUCUUUCUUCCCUUCUUCCCUUCUUUCUUUCUUUCUUUCUUUCUUUCUUUCUUUCUUUCUUUCUUCCAGUCUUUCUUCCCUUCUUCAUUCUUUCUUUAUUCCAAUCGUUCGUUCUUUUUUUCUUUCUUUCUUCUAAUCUUUCUUCUCUUCUUUCUUUCUUUCUUUCUUUCUUUCUUUCUUUCUUUCUUUGCUCCAAUCUUUCUACACUUCUUUCUUUCUUUCUUCCAAUCUUUCUUUCUUUCUUUCUUUCUUUCUUUCUUUCUUUCUUUCUUUCUUUCUUUCUUAGUUUCUUCGCAUUUAUUUAAUGUGUGCGUAUUUGUUUGUUUAUCUAUCUAUCUAUCUAUCUAUCUAUCUAUCUAUCUAUCUGUCCGUCUCUAUAUCAAUUUAAAUGUUUCUAUCUAUCUAUCUAUCUAUCUAUCUUAG